UAACUAAAUAUCUGUAGAAAUCUGUGCUGCUGUCCUAUGUUAUCUAACCCACUUAGUGCUAUUUUAGAGUAAAAUUUUAUUUUUGUGUUAGAAGGAGGAAUGCUGUGUUAUGAAGUUGAGGUUUCUUGCCCCACACAGUUAAUUUUGUAUUAUUCUUUAAUAGGGCCCUAAAAAUCAGGGCUUGCAAAUAUCUGGAUAGGUUUUAAACUUAUGAUGCAUUGACUCUUUUCAUAUUUUGUAUUUUAUUUCACAACUACUUUAUCUUUCCAACAACCUAUAGAUGAGAUUAUCUUCGUUCCUUCUCUGUGCCUCUCAACCGAUGCUCACUCUUUUCUCACUGGCUCUGCUGGUUCCCAUCCCGGGGGCACACGGGCACCCCUACUUCCCCCUUGCCAUCCUGCCCACAUUGGAGAACCCUGAGUGGGAGGCUGACUUACUCCAGCUCCAGGCCUCCCUCGAUGUCCCAGGGGCUGUAGCUGCAGCGGGUCUCCGCUCUUGGGGGCAGCUGCUGGAGCUGGGACCAGAAGAUCCACGCCUGGGCCUGCUCAGCGAGCUGGUAGAAGAGAACGGCUGGGGACAGAAGGGCUUGAUGAGGGGCCAGAGGGGGGAUCUGGAGAGGAGGCCGCUGGGUCCCUUCCCCGGUCACCCUAUCGACACUCUGCACUACCAAGAGGGGGGAGAAGAGGGAGGAGAGGGGGGAGGAAAGAGGAACGAAGCUCUCACAUCCAUCGCCGGCGGGCUUCAGGCUUUCAACAGAGAGAAGGGAGGCUUCGGGUUCCGCUUCGGAAGGAAGUAAAAAAGGAGGGAGGGGUUGGGAAAAAGAGGCACUUGGACUUCUUGAGUGUGGGGAACUUGGAAAAGGGUAAGGUAGAGGGCUGGAGGAUGAAGAUGAUGAAGGGAGGGAUGAGUUGACAGUAGAGAUGUACUGAUUGACACUUAUGUCAGAGCAAUCAAUCAUCACAUUAUGAUGAGAUAUGUAUCAUCAAAGAAAGAGACUGACAAACUGAUAAACAGAAAGUUUACCAAGUGGUCAGAAAAUGUCUGUCAAUGUAUCAUAAUUGUUACAUAAUAAAAUGAUUGAGGGUAUGUGAAUGUUUGUUUAUGUUGUCCAUGAUUUAAGUUAUCCAUUUCACCUAAGGUGAAAAAUCACGGUAUUUUGAUAGCCUUUAUAUAUUUUUACAUUUAAAUGUCAAAUUGCAAUACAAUAACAAAUGAACAUAGGACAUCAUUACAAGUAUAAAAUCACAUUAAAGCAAAUAAACAAAUAAAAAUUACUACACAUGAAAUGUCAGUGACAACAGUUUCAAAAGUUUAAGUACGUCAAAUAAAAAUGUGAGUUGUAAGAAUACAUGUAUUUCUUUUUGGGCCUUUACUUAGUCUAUGGAUUUGAUUAAAUAUUUGAUUUCAAGUAAAAAUCUGUUAUUAUAUUUUCAAAGUCUCUUUUUCUUCAGUAUGACGCAACAGCAUACAUCCGCGGAAACCUCCUACGCUCUAUUUUACCUGACAACAACUAGGUUCAUUUCAGCCCUAGAAAAUCAUUGGCUAGUAGUGAUGGCCAUUCUGUCUCUUUUCAGUGAGUCGGCUCGUUCGGCUCAGCUCACCAGACGGCUCUUUAAAAAAUACAUGUUUUGUAUUUUUUCAAGUCAAACAGUUUGCGAUAGUUUGACUAUGAUUGGUGUUAAAACAAUUCUAAUUAAAGUAUUAAAUGAAAUCUUACUCUACCUUCACCAAAAUGUAUUUAAAAAUGCAUUGGUUUGUUAUGAAAAAUAAUGUUAUUUAACAUUUGCAUUUAAAGUAUAACUUGUUAAUGUAUAUAAAUCUAACCAUUCUAAACGAAUACAAUCUGAACAGAAUAAUAUAAUAUUGUACCAUAUAAAGAAAAAUAAAAUAUGUGUAAAACUGCAGCAUCCCACUUAAAACAUUAUACUGGUCCAUCUUUUCUCUCUCUUCUUUAUUGCCAUGUAAUAACCAGCAGCACACAGCAAUGCUGACCAGAUUGAGCUUUUAUGAGAGAUCUGUAUUCAGAAAUGCAAGCGGCCUCACUUUCCAUAGGCUGAUGCUGUUUCUUCUGUCAGUAAUUAUUUGUCCCGUGUUUGAGAAGAACCUCUCCGAGGGAACGGAUGUGGCCACUAUGCAGAGUCUCCCUGUCAUGACUUUAGUAAGCCGUGGGUAGACAGAGGCCUUGUUCUUCCACCAGCUCAGAGGAUCUGCAGAUCUUUGGAGGAGGGGCUCCUCUAAAUAGGAUCGGACCUCCAUUAUGGCAUCUGCUGAGAUUCCUUCGUGCUGCAUCCCCAGUUGCUCUCUCGCAAAACAGCAUCCAAACAGUAGACGUUUGUGGCACUACUGCUGGUGCUUCUACUCCAUCUUAUCCCUCUUCUUCCUGUUGCCCUGGUGCCUGAGCCAGCUGACUGCUGGGGCUGUCCCUCCCUGCUGCUGAGGUUAUUAUUUGAAGAGCCUCAUCAAUCGCUCUGGCAUCACUGAAGGCUAACUUCUUAAACCUGGGGUCAACUGCAGUGGUUUCUGAUAGCACGUGAUUAUAUUCCAUUCUGUGGAACU